AGUCAAGUUGGUGAUGACGUCAAGAUUGGAGAUCACAGCGCCCCCAUGCGGCGGUCCAAGAGAGCGGCCAACACAAUCACAACACCCUACGGCUUAGGUGCCUUCCGUGGUCCUGAGGGACCGGCCGGACGAGACGGGCGGGACGGCCGUGAUGGUGUUCCCGGUCCGCCCGGGCCUCCCGGUCCGGCUGGUGGAUGUGGAGGGUGUGGAGGACAAUCCUGCCCACAGAAGCCGUGCACUGCAGUACCACUAGGUAUGGAGAGCGGCGCUAUUCCUGAUGGCCACAUCACUGCAUCCAGUCAGUACAAUACUGGCAGUUGUGCCACCAACAAAGGUCGCCUUCAUUCUCAGGAUGGCGCCGGAGCCUGGUGCGCUGCACAGAACAACAACCAGCAGUGGUUACAGGUUGACGUGGGAGCAGAGACUACUGUAGCUGGAGUUAUCACCCAGGGUAGAGCUGGUGCAGAUCAGUGGGUGACCUCCUACAAACUACGCUUCAGCAGAGACGGAAUCACAUGGUCUACAUACCUGGAUAACCUGGGACGUGAUAGGGUUUUCUCUGGCAACUCUGAUCGAGACACCGAAGUGCGCCACCUGUUGGAGCCGCCGGUAACUGCACGUUACGUCCGGUUCUGGCCACAGGCAUGGAACUCUCACCUCAGUAUGCGGGUGGAGGUCUUGGGACAGGACUGCACCGGUGACUAGACACAGCAUGCAGACUUGGAGAUUUCCAAAGCACAGAUUUGCACACAACAGGAUACAAAUGUAUCUGCUUCACAGUUUUAAGUGAAAGACCAAUUUUGGCUUUUACUUAUGGUGAUAGCUAUUAUUAGAUUAUCAUCUAGGUAAAAAUAGUGAUAUUGUUUUUGGUACGUUUGUUUGGCUUGGUGUUUGCAGUUAUUUGAGGUGGCCUAGCUGGGUUCAAAAACAGUACAUGUAUCUCAUGAGUCAUGGCUACACUGAGAGUUACUUGAUGUAUUUAGGGUUACUGAUUUAAAGCUUGUGACAACAAUGUUCAGCCUAUUUUAUAUUGAUACAAUGUCCUAAUGAUUACAGCACUACACUUUUAUAUUGUAGCCGACGUGUAUUGUGUAGUGCUUGAUGAAAAUGUCAAUGGCAUCAUGAUGUAAAGAAGAAUGACUACAUUCCUUGUUUUUAUAUGCUGGUGUUGCUGUCCUUAGUUACUACACUGCCUUUAGUCGUGGAGAAUUUUUGACUAAUGUUUGCAUACAACGAGAUGAGAAAAUACAAAUGUAGCUACUUCAUUUGUGCACUCAGAACCUAUCAGGCAUUUAUAGCCAGAAAUAAAGCAGACUGUUCCACAUAAA